AUGCAUGAUGCAGGUUCAUGGAUCGCUUCAGAGGGCGGACCAGCCUGGGCAUGUUUUGCUCUCACUGCGAAGAAGGAAUGCCUGCAAGGGAUCACAAAGACUGAACUGGAAGCAUUGCUGGAUACGGUCCAGAAGUUGCAUCGAAAGUUUGGGCAUCCCCCGAACAGUCUCCUUCUUAAGAACUUGCGUGCUCGAGGAGCCUCCGACAAGCUUCAAGCUGUGGCCGCCGAGUACAAGUGUGAUGUUUGUUUGGAAAAUCAAAUCCGAUCAUCGACUCCUGCAGUGACCUUACAUCGUGAAGAUCGUUUGUGGUGUACUCUCCAAAUUGAUGGGUUCUACAUGUGCAUUGGUGGUGAGGUCUUCCAUUAUCUCUUGAUGGUUGAUGAGGCCUCGGGGUUCUGUGUGAUAGAAGAGAUGUUGCGACAUUCUGACCAAGAGAUGCGGCAGAUGACCACUGCUCAAGUGUGCAAGGUGGUGGAGCUGCGAUGGUGUCAGAUGUUUGGCUUCCCCGAAAGGAUCAAGCUGGACCCUGAGGGUGCGUUCAGAGGCUUAGACCUAGCCAACUACUGCGCUUCUCGAGAUGUGGAACUUCACUUCGUGCCUGCCGAGUACCACGAAGGGAUCUCCGAGGUCGAGCGCUCGAUCGGGACCAUUAGGCGAAAUAUCGAGACCUUCAUGCGUGCAGAACAGUGCCAUCCUACGAGAGCAGCUGCGCAAAUGGUGGCAGCCCACAACUCACUAGCUCGCUCCUCAGGUUGGUCGCCGAUUCAGUGGGCGUUUGGACGAGAUGUGACGGUCACCGCCCACAGUCGAGAGCGUGAGGGAGAAGUGUGUGCUCGUAGUGCAAUGGCCGAUCCCACUCACAGCAUGCAUGAGACUCUUCAACUCCGGACCAGGGCCGAGAAGGCUUUCUUGGAGUACCGCCAAAAGGAGUUGCUGUCCAGAGCAAGCAACAGCAAGACAAGGCCUGCAAAGCAGUUUCUUCCAGGAGAUCUGAUCUUUUACCAGCGUUUUCAAGUGCCGCAGGACAGCCCAGCAAACGCGGUCAUUGAUCGACCCAGGAUGAACAUCGCUCGCUUUUAUGGUCCUGCUCGGGUCCUAGCCACUGAAACAAGGGUUGAUCAUGUGGAUGGAGUUCGACGUCCUGGGACCAUCGUUUGGGUGGUGGCGAAUGGCAGACUGAAAAAGUUUCAUCAUUCCCAGGUUCGUCAUGCCUCCGAGACUGAGCGGCUCGUGGCUGAAGGUCGUAAGCGUGAUGCACCUGCAGUCGCGGAAGAUGAAGAAAUGGAGCUGAUCCCCGUUCCACAGGCUUCCUCAGCUUCAACAGCUCAUUUGGCUUCCUCUUCCUCGGAUGAGUUAGACAUGGCGCGCUUCAUGCAUGAUCCCAAGUACUUUCCCGAAUCCUUUGUCGUGCUAUCUGAGGACCGACCACAUGACUGCAUCUUCCAGGUUGAGAACUUCGAAGAUGGUAACGAGGACCAUCUCUCCACAGCCUUUGCGGUCACUCUUCCCGCUCCAAGCAGUGACCAAGAGUGGAAGAGUAUUGUAAAAAAUCCAAAGAAAUUCAUAGCCAAAAGUGUGCAAAAGGGCGUGGAGAUCAGCUAUGCCAAACUCAAUAGUGAGCAGAAAGUUGCUAUGGACUCCGCCAAGGCUCUUGAGGUGGACAACUGGAUGAAGACUAUGGCGGUGAAAGCUGCCAAGAAAUUCGUCCCUCAGAAGGAGCUGCUCAGAAUGCGGUGGGUUCUCACCUUCAAAAGCAGCUCCGAGGCAGAUGCUGUGCAAGGUACACCUCCUUCCCAAGAUUGCGUAAAAGCGAAGGCUCGCAUCGUAAUCCUAGGAUACAGCGAUCCUCAUCUUCUGGAUGCCUCCUCCGUGAGUCCGGCAAUGUCAAGACUUUCCACAGGUGCCGAGCGUUUGACAACCGACAGCUGCGUGUGGCGCAUCAGAGCAUGGUCCAAUUUCCUCCAGGGCUUCAAGGGUGCCUACGAAUGGUCGCCGUGGGAGUAUGGAGCCUUCAAACACUGUGGAGUGCAGAUAGUGCAACAUCCAGACUUUUCCGUGUCCAUUGAUCACUCAUCGUUCUGUUCUGAGCUUAAGCAAAUGACUCCCAUCAAGGAGACUCGCAAGCUUCAUCCUGAAGAACUGAGUCAAGUUCGUGCGAUUCUGGGAUCUAUUCAGUGGCGCGUGUACCAAAGCGCUCCACAACACGCAGCCAAACUGAAUUAUCUCCAAAGUCUGGUGGCUGUUCAAGACUCAAGCAUGGUAGAGCAAGUAAAUAAAUUGGUGCGUGAGGUUUUUGCUGCCAGGAGUUUGUCGUGCCAGGUGCAAGCAUUGGGAGCCGACAAUCCCGAUGACCUCUGCAUGAUCGGCUGGAGCGACGCUUCACUUGCAAAUCGUCCAGAUUUCUCUUCUACAGGGGGAUACCUCAUUGCCCUAAUGAGCAAAAAGGCCAUUCAAGAUGGCAUGGGCCGCGUCAACCCAGUAUCCUGGCGUAGUGGCAAACUGCGCAGAGUAGCGAGAUCAAGCCUCUCGGCAGAAUCUCAGGCAUUAGCCGAUGCCGAGCAAGAACUUUUCUACGCUCGUUCGGAGUGGCGAGAAAUGAUGGGAGACGACCUAGGAGCCACCAAACCCGAGGAAGUUUCCAAGCGCAUGCAGGGCUACUUGGUAGUGGACGCCAAAGCUAUGUUUGAUACCCUUUCCAAAGGAGUCCUGGCGGCGAGCCAGAAAGACAAGUACACGGGACUGGAGUUGUUGGCUCGGAGUCAGCACUUGGAGGCCCAACAAACCACUCUGCUAUGGUGCGAUUCUGAUCACCAACUUGCUGAUGGUCUCACGAAAGCUAGUAAGCAGGAUGUUCUCAAAAGAUUCUUGUCCAGUGGAAUGUGGCGUAUUAGGUACGAUGGUGCCUAUGUGUCAGCAAAGAAAAGAAGACAGAUGAUCCAUGAGGAAGAAGAGGGAAACUCGACUUUUCUCCUCGAUUUUGUUUUCCGCACACACUGA